UCUUCGUUCUGCAGCGGCUGAGCCUAUGGGCUUCAGAAGAGCUGCGGCGGGGACGGCGUGACCAGCGGCAGGCCAUGGCUUUUUUGGCCCGAUCCUUGGGUCGCCUGUUGGGUCCGGCGGCGCUACUGGGUGGCAGGUGGCUCCAGCCCCGGGCCUGGCUGGGGCUCCCCGACGCCUGGGGAUUCCCUGCCAUGCAGCAGACCCGGGGCAAGGCGCGCGGGAACGAGUAUCAGCCGAGCAACAUCAAACGCAAGCACAAGCACGGUUGGAUCCGGCGCUUAAGCACGCCGUCCGGCGUCCAGGUCAUCCUUCGCCGCAUGCACAAGGGCCGCAAGUCGCUGAGCCAUUGAGGAGCGCGACGCUACCGGCGGGACCGCCAUUAAAGCAUUUUCCUCGCCUCA